AUGUUUACGCCUCUAAAAUCUGCUCUUAUACUUGGUGGCAGUGUGCGUACCAAACUUUGGCGUGGGCUGGUCUCUUCCUGCUCCGGAAAUGUUGAUUUCUCGCACGCCGUCAUAGGAGGAGGAAUUGUAGGUCUGUCGAUAGCCUUCGAACUGAGUAAAAUAGCAGGUAAUCGCGUAGUUUUAAUCGAGAAAAAUACGGCACCAGGCUUGGAAACGUCGAGCCGUAAUAGCGAGGUGAUCCAUGCUGGAUUAUAUUAUCCACCAGACUCUUUAAAGACUCAGCUGUGUCUCGAGGGAAACAACAUUAUAUACACAGAGUUGACGCAACUCAAAACAGGCGUGGAAUGGAACAAGUGUGGGAAGUGGAUUGUGGCACAGAAUGGCCAUGAAGCGGCGUACUUGAACAAGCUUUACGAAAAGGCUUCGAGACAACUGAAUUUGCCUGUGGAAAUGAUUUCAAGCAGUUUCGCAAGGCAAAAGGAACCAUAUGUUGAGGUCAAAGCGGCUGCAUUGAGCUCUCCAACCUCAGGUAUCAUCUCGUCGCACUCACUCAUACAAUACUUGAUCACAAACCUGGAUAUCAACGGUGUUGAUGUUGCAAUUGGUACCGAGCUGAUUGGCAUGAAUUACAACCGCGGGGCGGGAUAUGAAUUAUUGUGCAAAUCAGUCGUCAAUUCCUCCGACGAAACUGUAGAAAUAUGCGUUGAGAACGUUAUUAACGCAGGCGGGCUUUUUGCCCACACUAUUUCCAAUAUGCUUCUCCCAGAGCAUCGCCACAAGCAACAAUAUUUUGGAAAGGGCAACUAUUUCGCGUUAUCUGGCCGUCCUUCUGCACCUGUGAACCGAUUGGUCUAUCCUGUUCCUCCUCAAAAUGGACAAUCAUUGGGAACUCAUCUUACCAUUGACAUGGACGGCCAGAUAAGGUUUGGACCGGACCUCGAGUUCGUUAGUUCACCAAGUGAUUAUGAAGUUAAUAGUUCCAAUAUGGAACACGCCUUGCGUGCAAUCAGAAACUACUACCCCCACGUCGCAGCCCAGGAUCUUCAGCCCGCAUACAGUGGUAUUCGACCAAAGUUAGGCCAGCCAGGAGACAAGACUUUCAAAGAUUUUUAUAUAUGCGAGGAGGAUGGGUUCCCUGGCUUUGUGAAUUUGUUGGGAAUAGAAAGUCCCGGGCUAACCUCAAGCCUUGCGAUCGGGCGUUACGUUCGGAAAAUAUAUCAUGGAUAA